AUGACAUACGGUGAUGCUCAAUACGGUGAAAAAGACAUAAUUAGAAUACAUGUUAAUAAUCAAAGUGAACAUGAUGUCGCAUUACUAAAUAUGGUAGCUGGAAGUAGUGGCAGUAUACGAAUUAACAAUCAUACUUCAUCAAGUAUUAAGAACAAGAAUACUAAAAAGGAUCUGUUAGAUAUCAAUGACAAUAUGACAGUUCCCGAAUUGCCCCACGACCCUAAACUUAUCAUCGAAUCACUUAAAAUACAGAUCCAAGAACUGAAAGCAGCAACAAAAGGUAUGCCGAGAUGCUUGAUAUGUCUGGAAGCUUAUCAAACGCCGGUCACCUCAAUUGUUUGCUGGCAUGUACACUGUGAAAAGUGUUGGUUACAAUCUCUUGGAGUUAAAAAGCUUUGCCCGCAAUGUCAGAAAAUUACCACCGCUAGUGAUUUAAGAAGAAUUUACUUGUAA